UGUGUUGGUGGUUGCCAGCUUAGCUUCCUGUCCCCAUGACACAAAACUUGUGUCACUUGGGCCACCCCAUUGGCAUCUUCCCUGCAUCAAUGAACAAAGCACCCUCAGCUUUGCUCCUGCCAGCCGAGCCCAACAUGUCACAGCUGCUUCCCAGGGUUUCCCAAAGAGGAGAAGUGAACACACGCAGCGAGGGGUAGCACUGAACCAGGGAGCAAAAUGCUGUUUGCUGCUGUGCCCGCUGCAGUUUGGUUAUUGGUGCGCCUCGCAGCAGAAGCGAGCAGUAAAGGGGAUGUGACUGCUGGCGCUGCAGAACUGUGUGACAAAGGGAACAUGACUGCUAACACCUCUUCCCAUGUCCAGCCUGGGAGCAGCAUCACCCUCUCCUGCCAGCUGAAACCCCAGCAGUACAGCAAGCAGUGCAGGAUAGCUAUUUUCUUUAACAGCUCUGAACGCAAUAGCAGUUACAGCAGUUCAGUAAGCACCAGGUUUCUAGUCCAUACCUAUGGCAAACACAUGUUUACAUGCAAAAUACUUUGUGAAUAUGGGAAAAAACUCAUUUGUGGAAUCGAUAUUGAGUCUGGAAAUCCUCCAGAUGAGCCAAGAAACGUGUCGUGCAUCCAGCAUGGAACUGAUGGUCAUCCCAUCUGCACCUGGGAUAAAGGCAGGCUCACGUACAUCAACACUACAUAUGUAGUACAGCUAUCAAACAGGACAGAUGUCUUAUACAUCUCAGAAGAAAGCCUGGAUACGAGGUUUGGCUCGCUGGCUCUGAGCAAGCUGAACUUUGACUCUACUUACACCAUUGUGGUUGCUGCCUCCAACGAGCUAGGAAGUGCCUUUUCACAGCCUCUCGUGUUCAUGUUAAUAGACAUAGUGAAACCACAUCCUCCCAAGUUUUCAGUGGGAUUUGAGCGUUCUUCUGCCACCAACUGCACCCUUUCUUGGCACAACGAAGCACAAGAGCAGCACUGCAGGCUGAGAUACCGUCCACUUACCAGGCACGACUGGAGCAUGGUUGAAAACUUGAACGGUGAAAAAUGCAGUCUUUAUGGUCUGGAGCCUUACACAACCUAUGAGCUCCAGCUCAGCUGUAAAAUCCACCCCAAGCGAGGACUGUGGAGCAACUGGAGCACGUACCAGAACCGGACUCCAGAGGCAGUGCCAACAGGGGUCCUGGACGUCUGGUACCGACAGCAGGACGCGGGCUCCCAGCAGCAGAAGAUCUCUCUGUUUUGGAAGGCUUUGAGCAAAUCGGAGGCAAGAGGAAGAAUCCUGCAGUACACGGUGACCUUCAAAGCCCUGGACCAGCAGAGCCCUGGGGCAGAAGCACAUCUUACCACCCAAACCAGCUAUGCCAAGGUCAUGCCAAGGGUAAACUACAAGAUAACAGUCACUGCCGAGAACUCAAGGGGCAGAUCCCCCCCUGCAUCCAUUGCAACAGACCUGGGCAUCCAGGAUCUACCUCCUCCUCAGGAAGUCUCUGCCAUAGCCAUGGGAAACAGCAGCAUCCUCAUCAGCUGGAAACCACCCAUCAGCUCCACCGCAUCCAUCAGUGGAUAUGUAGUGGAGUGGGCAGACACACAGGGGAGCCUGGAGCCCCAUCCAGCCUGGGUAAAGCUGCCAGCAUCCAACCUGUCCACAGUGAUAGCAGAGCACGUAAAAGAUGAGGUGUGCUAUCAGAUCAGUGUAUUUGCACUCUAUCAGGACAGAGCUGGACGGGCAGCAUCAGUUAAGGGAUACUCAAGUGCAAAAGCUCCAUCAGCUGGGCCCCAGAUGUACACAGCACCGCAUGCAAAUGGCAUCUUGGUUUCAUGGGAAGCAAUCCCGGCCCAGCAGCAAAGGGGCUGCAUCACAGGGUACCACAUAUACCUGCAGAAAAGGGACAGCCCGGCUGAGCCACGUGUCUAUGCCAUUUCCAGUGCGACAGCCCACGGCUCACUGUACAUCGCUGACCUGCAGCCCGGGGAGCACUAUGUCCUGGGGAUGACAGCAUCGACGGCUGCAGGAGAGGGGCCCUGGGGCAACAGCGAGCUCAUCUGCUUGGAAAAUGCUGGGGAAUGGAUGGCUGUUGUGCUUACCUGCAGCAUCUUCAUCUUCUCAGCCUGCAUCUGUUCCAUGUCUCCAGCAAGAAAAGCAUUACACUCACUCCUCACCAUACUGGUACCGCAGUGGCAGAGCAGAGCCAUUCCAGACCCAGCCAACGCUACGUGGGCCAAGAACUACACAUCUGUGAAGGCAGAGCUGUGCUGGCCCUCCAGCCUGUUCCUGCCCAGCGCCAGCACCUUCGAAGAGCCCGAACCAACACAAGUGGAAGAAGCCUUUGUGAAGCCCAAGGCCCUCCUCGGCAGCAGCGGCAGGCAGGGCCAUGGGCACUGGGCACUGGAGCGCAGCCGGGGGCAGGAGGAGCCCCGGUACGAGCCUGUCCCCAGCACCGCAGAAGGGGAGGUCUGUGAGCAGCGGCUGCCCGGCCCCUACAGGAGGAUGGCGGUGGUGGAGGAGGCCACGGAGCACACAGAGAACGUCCCCGAGUACAUCGCCAACCCCAGCACCAGCACAGCCCCCCCGUACCUGCCCCUGGGGGCGGGCACUGCUGAAGAUCUCCCUGAGCUCGAGUGCCAGCCGCUCUCCGUGUUCCCCACAGCCUGCCUGCUGCCCGCGUUUCCCUAUGGAGGGAAUCUCACCUUGGAUGCGGUGAAGAUAAACUGCAGCUCGGAGCUCAGGGUGACGUGA